AGCCAAAAGAGUUUCCAUACCUUUGGAAGAUUUGAGGGCGCUCUAUGCAGGAGAAGUACAUCUCAAUAAAAUCAAAAAAUCAUCAGUUAAUUCCAAACGUUCAAGGGAAACUCCAACACCAUUACCAAAGGCAAAACUUGAAGUGUCAAGAGAUGGACAAACAAUUCAAUGUACUCCUUGUAACCAGCCACCACCGAACGUUGAAAUUGAACGUAUUGAUGACUGAAAAUAUCCCUCCACUAAUUAAUAUUGAGAUUGUAAACGAUGUGCCUGUCCACACAUCUCUGGUAUCAUCAGGUGAAAUCCUCGUGGAUACAGCACCAGUUAGGGCCCUAGUCGAUGAUCAACCAAGAUGCUCACAUGACAAUGCUCAAAAGCCAGCGGUAUCGAAACGAGUCCUGAGUGACAAUGUAUCCUAUGAAGGGGAGAUGGAGAUGAUGGAGAUACAUCAGCUGGAGAGAAUUAGGAAAAAACUUGAUGAAUUUAGAACUUUUGAAAAGUUCAAUUGGAAGAUCAUAUUAAGGAUUUUUUUUAUUGUUAUUUUACAUCGCUUCGACUUGGUUGAAAAGUAUGUUACGAUGAUGAUUAAGAUCUUAAAAUGGUUAGAUCUCACAAUUCAACCCGACCGGGGUUUAAACUGGGAAACCUUGCGCACGUGAGGCAACGACCUUACCCACUGCGCCCGGCUGCUGGGCUGAAAGUAAGGAUAUCCAAGUACUUUAGCUUCGUGACCUGAACACGUGAGGUGACAGUGAACAACUAUAUCCCCAGCUAUGAUAAGAGCACCGUCAACCAUCACAAUUCAGGUCAAGUCAAGAGGUCCAAUUCAAUCAACCCCAACGACAAGAGCCCUCGUAAUCCCAGCCCUAAGUGGACACAUCCUUCACAAUAUCAGAAACAGAAUCUCGGAACGUGAAAACAGCACAUCAGCUCUAUAUCAGUGGACAACCUUCAGAGGAUUGUCCAGUGCAUCUAUGGAAAAUUGAACCCCUCGAUGAAGAACGAGUUGUCGUGAUCGUGAUGCCAGAGAAAAUUUAAACCAAGUACAAUAGACGUUCCACCAAAUGUGAAGUUAUGAUUGGAAACGAUGGAAAAAAAUUUCUGGGGGCUGAUGACCAACAGUGGUAUUUCACCCCUUAAGGCCCAUAUUUCCUC